CACUCAGGAUAACAACAAUAUCUAUGGCUGUGGUUUUUGCAUGUGCUCUGUGUGUAUUAGAGUGUGUAUGCUUCUCUGGAGUGAUGCUGUGGUGACAUUUGAGGAGCACGUUCGCUGAAAAUUUAGAGAUUUAUGCGCAUGUUUAUGGUCCCCGCGAUACAGUGAGCUCGACGAAUAUGGCCCGCGGCGACAGUUUGGAUAAUAUUGCUCCGUCAACCUACGAAAAGGCAAAGGACAGGGUGACAACAGCUGACGAACUCAACGAUGAAAUUGAAGAUGAAAUUGACUCGCGGGAGAUUUUCGAUCAUAUACGGUCGAUCAAUGAUCCUGAACAUCCUCUCACUUUGGAAGAAUUGAAUGUGGUUGAUGAAAAGAACAUUACGGUGGACCUGGACAAGUCUGCAGUUGAUGUGGCCUUUCGCCCAACAAUACCGCACUGCAGCAUGGCAACACUAAUUGGGCUUGCCAUCAGAGUAAAGCUGCUUCGUAGCUUGCCACCUGUAUUCAAAUUGGAUGUUCGUAUUCUUCCUGGCACUCAUGUGUCAGAAUCGGCAAUCAACAAGCAGUUGGAUGACAAAGAGCGAGUUGCUGCUGCAUUAGAGAACUCGCACCUUCUACAGGUUGUUAACAGAUGUCUUCUUAUGCAUUGAGGACACUGAGAAUAAAACGUAUUUUAAAAACAUGG